AUGCUAAAUAAAUAAAUAAAAAUAAGUAAGUAAUGUAUAGUCUUGAAAAAGGCAGUACUCUAGGGUAUGAUGGAUUCACUCAAAUAGCUUUUUAGUGUCAAUCUUAUCAUCAAUUUCAUUUAUUUCUUCCUUGAGAUAAGACUAUUUUCUCUCGAUAAGGCUUAAAUCAGCUACAUUUUGGUACCCAGUCUAGUUUGA